CCGUCCCUCUUUGUCUGUUGUCUCCUUCUGUUCUCAUACUUGUCGCUACCGUCGCUCAAUUAACGGGCCACAGCACUCAUGUCUCUCCAGACACUGUGGAGGUGUGCGGACGUCCUCAGGAAUCCGUUUAGGGCAGCUGGUCUGGGCUCUGUCCGCACGGCCACGAAGCGAGCAGGAGGAACCGUCUCGAACCACGGAGGCUCCCCGGGAAAGCGGCUGGGCGUAAAGAAGUUUUCUGACGAAUAUGUCAUCCCCGGAAACAUCCUCGUCCGUCAACGCGGCACGGUCUUUCACCCCGGCCAGCAUGUGAAAAUGGGCCGCGACCACACGCUGUACGCGACGGUCCCUGGUUUCGUGCGCUUCUACAAGGUGCCCGGCACCCGCAAGGACCGCAAGUUCGUCGGGAUCGUGCUCGAGAGGGGCGAGAAGCUCCCUCGCGACGAGACCAACCGCGGCCGGAGUCGGUACUUCGGCCUUGUCGACCUGAACGCACUAGACAAGGAGUCACCAUCACAAGCGACAGCGACAGCACUAUCAUGACCUGCUCCAGAUACGCAUCUUGCACAUGCUCUGCUCGCUCUAUCGUUGUGGGGCAUAAUGUCAUUGCGCAACAUGUAACGUACACCACCUAAUAUUAUAAUCACAUUGGCAUAGGAUGGACGAUGAAGCACUGGCUGCUUUCUAGCUAGGUAUACAGAUAUACAUGGGAGAGAUUGACCGAGGCCGGUGAGACAUACAAAGCAGAGAGAAGAGCGACAGCUAGGCAUACAGCGAGAACCAUUGAGUCAGGAACAGGACGCACGCACCGCUCACCAGGCGGCACUCGGAAACUCGACGUGCGGCGUGUCAGGAGGGUCCAGGUCGACGGCAUCGACGACCUCGCGGAGGUCAGUUAAGUCCGUGCUCGCCAUGUCCUCCACGUUUUCGUAGUGCGGCAGGCAGAGCGACAAGCGCCGCAGCGGGUGCCCCGCGUCCCUGCGCUGCUUCGCGAACCGCCACCACUGGAGCGAUGACCACGUCUUGUCGUCGACGAGCGUCACCGUCUCGAGCAGCGGGCAGACCAGCUUUCCCGUGAUGUCGUCCCGGUGCGUGAGCGCAGACAGGAUGACGCGGCAGAAGCCGCUGUCCGUGAUGCUUUGCAGGCGGAUGUGUAGCGUGCGGAGGAGGGGCAUCCGCGAGAGGACCGAUGUCCAAACGUCCUUCGAGAAGCCGACGUGCGGGUGGUAGUAGGACGUCUCUGCGAUCGUGAACUCCUCGAGCAGGCUGAGGUCGAGCGUCUUCGCGAUCGACUCCAAGAGCUGACCAGACACGGUGGGCAUGUCGCCGAUGUCGCUCCCGGUACCAAUCGUGGCGAUGACUUGGAACGGGUGCUUCGCCGUCGUGCCCUCGACGAUGACGCCGCCGCUGCCGCUGCGAUAGGCGAUCUGGAGCUUGCGGAUGUCGCGCAGAGGGUGGUUCUCGCUCAGCUCCUCCGGGACACCCCAUGUGAAACGGAAGUCGCUCCGACGCUCGAGCCAGACGCUUAUGCGUAGCUGGCAAUUCGGUACGAUGAGCCGGUCGAGAAGGUUGGUGACGACGGAAGCCGCGCAGCGGGCAAUGUCGAUUCGCUUCAUAUUGUCAAGCCUUAUCUGCCGUCGGGCCUGGUCGUCCUCUUCGAGAGGCUGAUUAUGCACGAAGCGGGCCUUGAUUGUCACAAGUACCUCGAGUACGGGGCAUGCCUCCAACAUGUCGAGGAGCUGGGCGAGUUCGAGGGUGAUGAGGUCGCGCUUCCUACCUCGGAUGUAAAGCUCCUUCAAGUUCCCGAAGGUAACGCUACCCAUUUUCGGGUAUGAAUAGGAGAGCUUCAUAACGGUGAGACGAGGCGUCUGCCCCCCGAAGAUAGGAGGGAGUGCGAAGCACUUGCCGUCCGCGCGCACGCGAUAUAGAUAGAAUGUCUCGAGCUGUGGUGCAGAGGCAUCAAUGAAGCCACUGACUAGCGGUGAUACGUUCCCGUCGUCGUCAUGUAGAAGCGUCCACGGGAUGUAGAGGUGGCGCAUGCGACUCAUCUGUAGUAGGACGCGGUCGACGACGUCCUUCGAGUUGUCCAUGGUCGCUCGCGAGUCGAUAACGAACGUCAAGGGAGCGUCCACAGAACGUUCGAGACAUGUUAGGGCCGCCUCCGGGUAUCGUGUGCUGAUCUGUGUCCAUAUAGAGGGACAUGCGAGAGCAAUUGCUCGCCAGCGGUGACAGACGUGAGCGAGAUAACUCCAUGAACACGAGCCAAACGUCGAACCCAGCGGGUGAUCGUGGUCAUCGAGCAAUUCAAGGAAGAUGAGCGCCAUGAUAUCUGGUGAUAGCCUGUGGACAGGGCGGAGGGAGUUUCGGUACCGCUUCAGCAAGGCGACAGAGUAGUCAAUACUAUCAACCUGUGCUGCGAUAUUGUUGGGAUCCUCUACAUGAGGUCCAUUCCACUCCGGCAGGUCCCACAGCGCGGGAUUAAGCAGCUGCGAAAGGGUCAACCUCGUCGAACUGUUGCCUUGCCUUGGCUGGUCGAAUUCAUCGACAGCAGGUAGGAGCGGGACGACGACCGGGAGGGCAGAGACAGUCGCCAUGAAAUGCGACGUCGAGGGUGGACGUUGAGAGUCAACAAGCUCUCCGAAGUCUUGGGGGAAUUGACGCCCUAUAUCACGGUUCUCGACCCCCGCCUAACAUCAUCCCACCCCGGACUGUGCGGACCUCGUUCCUCGCCAAUGGAGUCACUGCGAGAGAACAUUGCGACUCGCCCCGCCUGUAUUUGGCAACUUCUGAUACGCCUACCAUGCCUUCAAGAACCGCCCCGGACACGUUGCAUGUCCCGAAGCGCCGUCCAACACAGGAACACCUUGCCAAUGCGGGGUAUUAGGGUCCACGAACGCAGAAAUGAAAACCGGUAGCGCAGUGAUCUUCCCGAGACUAGGAAAGGUGGAGAGUAAAGCACAG